UUUGGAUGAGGACAAAGUUCAGGUCACAUCUGAUUGUAUUGUGCUGGCAUUGUGUGUCGUGUCGUUCAUGCAGUACAUAGGGUAGAGAUGAUAUCAUGAAAACUAACAACUUUGAAAAAUACUUUUAUGCACAAGUGAAUCCUAUAUCGAAAUACGUGUAUUGGGAUGUUCUAAAUUUCUCUUGAUCUAUUGUGUGUUAUUCUGAGUCCGUAUCAGGUCUAUGCAGAAUCUGUGACCAAAGCACUGAUUGGUAGUACUAGUGUUGUUAUUUUUGUCAGCCUAAAAGGAUGCGGUGAAUGCAAGUUGUUUUUGUUGAAUUGUCUAUUGUUGCGUGGGCUUACUUACAUGCGAAGAGUGUGUAACUUUUCUGACCUGCUGGACAAAAUUUAUUAAACCAUUCAAAUUAGCUUGUGAAGUUUGCCUUCCCGUGAGAGGUCAAGUUUCUCUAGUGCCAGCGGACGAAGUACGCCUGAUAUAGUGAUUUCUGUAUUGUUGCCUGCUUUUUAAUGACACUUGAACAAGACUUAUUAUGGCAGAAUCUGUUGAAAUUGUGAAGGAAAAAAGUGGUUCUGAAAAGUUUUUGUCAACCACUGGUGAUGUGAGAAAACAUCCAUUACAAGAACGUUCUGAGAGAGUGCAUCUUCAAGAGAAAAUGACAGAAGAGAAUAUGCAUCAUGGUGGUGUCGGAGAGAAUGAUUUUGAUAAUGAACAUAAAAAGAAAAAGAAAAAAAAGAAACCAAAAUCUGUUGAAAAUGGAGGAAUUGAUGCAUGUGCGAAGGUACAAAAUCUAAUGCAGAGUUCUGGAGGAGGAAUUUUGGCACCUACAUUGAAUGCCAAGCAACAAGCUUUAUUAAAACAACAUCAUAUUGUGUUCAAAAAGCCUACCAUGAAGAAUCGGGGAAGAUUCAUGUGCAAACUUUGCAAUUACUUCUGUGAUUCCUGGGUUGUACUGGAGAAUCAUAUUGAUUCAUUAUCACAUUUCAAUGCAUUAGAGGGUAUUAUCGAAGCAGAAAGUGUAAAUUUGCUUCCUGCACCAGUGGAUGAGCAGAAAAGAGUGCUAACUGAUAUGAUCAAGAAACUUAUCUCUGAGAAUGGUAUUUCCAAAGUUGGUGAACGGCACACAAUUUUACAACGCAUAGAAGAAUAUAUAAAAGCUACAUACCCAAGUUGCUCAGUGAAAUUGUAUGGCUCUUCAAAAUAUAUGGCUGGGUUGGCUCAUUCUGAUGUGAAUUUCAAUAUCACUAUACCAUUGACAAAAGAUCGCCCGAGCAUAAUGAUGGCUGUUUAUGCACACAUCAAAGGCGAUGAAGAUAACUACAGAAAUGUGAAUUUUAACAUGUCUGCGGACAUUCCUUCAAUAGCAUUUGAAGAUGGCAGCUCAAACCUUCCUUGUACUAUUGCAUUCAGUAAUGCCCAUGCUUGUGAUGUUGCUCUUAUAUUACAUAAAUAUCUUUCACUUGAUCAAAGAGCUUUGGAACUGGCCACAGCUUUUCGAUAUUGGGCUCAUUUGUGUUGUUUGGACCAAAUUGAAUGUGGGACACUACCAGCACAUGCUUUCCCAAUACUUGUAAUUUAUUAUUUGCAACAAUUGGAAGAUCCAGUUUUACCAGUGCUCAGUGAACAUGAAAUUUAUGGAGAAGAAUCAGCUAUGCCAGAAGUACUCGAUCCUUCUGUUCCAAGUAAUUAUAAAUGGGAAACUAAAAACAAAAUGAGUUUGGGUGAACUGUGGCUGGGCCUUUUCAAGUUUUAUGUAGUAGAUAUUGAUGUUCAAGAGCGAGUAAUUUCAAUAAAGACAAAAGAACCUGUGCUUCAAGCAUCAAAAAAAUGGAACAACAAAAGAUUGGGAAUUGAAGAUCCUGUGGCUCCUAAGCGAAAUAUAGCAAAAACUAUAGUCAAUACAAAAUUAUUUUAUUAUUUCAUGUCAUGCAUACGUACAUCAUUUAUAUGCCAUCCUUGCUUUCUUACUGAUCAACAACUUAAUGAGAAGAGCCCAAAUCAAGUAAUAGAUCCUGGGGAUCCAAACUUCAAGAAUAUUGGCCAGUUCAUUGUUACUCCUGAACAAGCUCAGCUAUUGUGUCAAAAAUUCAAUCCUAAAUACUUGAUUUACCAAUUUUCAAAGCAAUCAUUUGUUGGUGGAAAGAAUCUGCCAAUUGUGUGUACUUACUGUCGUGAAGAAGGGCAUACAAAGGAGAAAUGUCCAGAGGAUUCUCUUCCUCCUUUGGAAAAGCUACCUAAUUUGCCCAAAAGUUAUUUGAAAAAGUUGAGCUCAAUGUGUGAAACAAUAUAUGAAAUGUGGGCUUUGACCCCAUCAGAACUUGAAGAUAGAGAAAAUAUUGUAUCUCAUCUUCUGCAGUUUUUAAGUAAAAAAUUCCCAGAUGUUGCAUUAACAUUAUUUGGUUCAUCUUGCAAUGGAUUUGGUCUUAAGCGAUCUGAUAUUGAUAUAUGUUUUACAUUCACAACGUGUCCUCCUGAGGAGGAACUAGACUUUGCGAAACUGAUUCAGGAUCUGUAUGGUCUCCUUAAAAAAUAUUCUCCAUUUAGUAACCUUGUACCUAUCACUACUGCUAAAGUUCCAAUUUUGAAGUUUUUUCAUUGUAAUUCGAAAUUGGAUGGUGAUAUCAGUUUCCACAACACAUUAGCUCUGAAAAAUACAAAACUGAUACGGACAUACAGUAACAUUGAUGCCAGAGCCAAGAUUCUGGGUUAUGUCCUGAAACGUUUUGCAAAAAUUUGCAAUAUAUGUGAUGCGUCUAAAGGCAGCUUAUCAUCAUAUGCUUAUAUUUUGAUGAUGAUACAUUUUCUUCAGCAGUGUAAUCCACCUGUAUUACCUGUGCUUCAAGAGAUUUGCAGGCCAUGUUCCACUGAAGAGUAUAUUCUUGAAAACUGCGACACCUACUUUUUUGAAGAUAUUGACAGAUUGUCAUACUUUUGGCCAGAGUAUGGAAAAAAUGGGAAAUCAGUAGGAGAAUUGUGGAUUGAGUUUUUGUGCUAUUACACAGAAAUUUACAACUACAAAGAAUAUGUCAUCAGCAUUAGAAGAAAACGACCAAUGUCAAAAUUUGAAAAGCUAUGGAAUUCGAAGUCUAUGGCAAUAGAAGAUCCAUUUGACGUCAACCAUAACCUUGGUAUAGGUCUCAGCCCUAAAAUGCAUCAGUUUAUUUUGAAAGCAUUAAGAAAUGGCCGUUCUUACUUUAGCAAUGUUAGCAAUUUAGAAAACUUGCCAGAUAUUAAACCAUUGAUAAAAGCAGCUGAUAAGUAUUUUGAAGCAUCCAAAGUCAAAGGAUCACCUCCUGAUAGAGGUUGCCAUAAUUGUAAGAGAAUUGGUCAUGUUGUUAAAGAUUGUCCCGCUCGAAUGCAAAGGAGAGAUGAGUCCUCAGAGUCAAAAGAAUAUCAGAUGGACAGAUAUGCUCAAUCUCCAAAGUCUUCAAAGCACAAUAAUAUGAGAAAAGGUAAUACCAAAGGAAACUCAAACUAUGAUGUUGGUAACUGGCCAGAAGGCAGUGGAUUGUUGGAUGAGCCUGUUAGUCGAAAUACUUUAAGAAAUGAUAGAGGAAGAAACAGUUCCAAAGGAAGCCCCAAUCAUGAAUUAGGUUUGCAAGAGGUGAACAUGCCUCGAGAUGAUCCCAAUGUACAGAGGAUUCCUCUAAGACAAGACAAAGCCAGGAGGACAAUGUGGAGGAACAAGAGUUUACCACCAACUAAUCCUGUACCUGUAACACCACUUGUGAGUACUUCUCAUUGGAAUAUUCGUCCAGUCCCUUUAUCAUAUGUUAAUGUUUCUCCUGAAAUUCAAGUGCAACUACAGGCAUUAGCAAAGAAAUGGCACGUUGGUCCGGAACACCACAACGAAGCUGUACAACCGAGAAGGAUUGUUGGUUGCCAGCCUCAAAAGCGUACAGGUGGAGGAGUAUUUGAUGUGUAUACUCAGCCAUCCGACAGUAUACCAUCCAGGGAAUUUCACAAGACAACUAAUUACCCAUCAAAUUUUCAAGGGUAGUAGUAUUUCUAUUUUUUCAUUUUUGAGUAUUUUAAAGCAUCUAAUUUCAAAACUUACUGUCUAUGACAUAUAUGUUUUAAAAAAAGCUUGUGGUCUGUGUGGUGUGUUUUUUAAGAGUGGCAUUUGGAUUUUAUAUUUUUUAUAAACACACUUGAAACCGUAUAUUAAUGGUAACUUUUAUGUCAACAUUUUGCCAAGUUUUUUUAUACUCUUGAACUGAUGGUUCAUUUAAAUGAAAGACAAAUGGAAAGUUGAAAUUUGCCAAUACUUAACAAUUGCUAUAAUUUUGUUGAAUAAACAGCAACAAAAAAACCUUGAACAAAUAUUUGUCAAGGGUGGUGGGUGCUUUGCAAAUUCAUAAAUAAACCCACUCAUUACUCUGCAAAAAGAAUAGUACAGUGUGUCAGGAAAGUCUCUCUUAGUGGCACCUUGCUUGUGAGAAUGCUAGCAACAGAAAUUAUGUUGGCAGCACGAGCUGCACCCUUUAACAAAGAAACUGUACAAGUAACAUACUCGCCGCAGUCAUAAGAUGCUAGCUUCACUUGUUUCCCAGUGAACUGGUUGCUACUUGCUGCCAAAAUAAAUACAAUUUUUAGUAGGAGGCUCUGAUCCGGCUCAGUGCAGAUUGACUUUCCAGACACACUGUACUGAGAUUAUUCCAUGGGUGAGAGUAAUGAAUAUUUGAAAAAUAUGCUUGCUAAUUUAUUUCCAAGUGAUUAUUAAAAUUGACAAACCUUACUAAUAAAACCAUCCAGAUAGUUUGAAUGUGAUUAUUUCAAACUUAGUGUAUUUGGUGGGUAAACUUAAUUUGAAAAGGGAACCCUCACAUCAUUUCUUUUUUAAAUUGAGUUUAUUUGUUCAUAAUAUACUUUUAAAUUAUAAAUGACAUUGUAUGUCCUUUUUUUUUUUAUUAGUUUUUAACCUUUCAACACGGAAUGCCAUCUUCAGAUGGCACAUUUGUUCCACCUCUAUUUGUGGAGAGCCAUACCUAGAUGUCUCUACAGUGGUAUAUGGUGUGGAGACAAGAUGUUAUCAUAGUGGUGUACUAAGCUGGCUACCUGCUAUGUGCUGAAGCAUGUACACCAUUGAAGUGAUAUCACCCCAACCUAGGCUCCAUGUUGAAGGGUUAAGAAUCAAAAUAUCUUGUCAUGGCUCUUGCUUUGUAAUUAGGAUUCAGGAAGGAAUACAGUGACAUUGUGUUCUGUUAAUAAUGCAAAGUACACACUAGUGUAUUGAUAUGUAAUUGCUUAUAGACAAAAAGUUUAGAAGUUAGAUGCCAAAUUUUUCUCUAUCAUUCCUAUGACUGAAGACAAAAGAAAUAUAAACAAAACCUGCAGAAUCUGCUUGUGAUCACAAUGUACCUGAAUGAUUCUGCAUUGCAGGAAAUGUUUUAAGAAUAUUUUUAAUUAUUUUAAUACUUCAUUAUCUUAGAUUGUAUAAAAAUUUAUAUCACUAGACUUUAUAUUAGGAUUAAUGAGGAAUGAUUUAGGAAUGUCAAGGGAGUUUUUCAUUAUUUGUGGAAAUGUAGUGAAAUCUCUAUUUAAAGCUUUUACUUGUGCAAGCAAAAUGAUAUUAUGUUUUAUUUUCACAUUUAUUAUUGACCCUCAGUGUUUUCACAGGCAUAUUUAAGUAUAUAAUUAACACAUGAACACUUUUAAACCUUUAAAAUUGGGAAACAAUGUAUAUUUAGUCACAUGUUCUCAGAAAUAGUAUAUCUGUGUAUAUUUAAACCUGUGUGUCAAAAAAGUGAAGACAAUAAUAAAUGUGAAAAUAAAAAUUGAAUGACAGACAAAAGUAAAUAUAGUAUGUUUUAUAUUUGAAAAUAGACUGUCAACUGAAAUAUCAUGUUUUUUUAUAGUGUAAUUAUGUGAUGAAUUAGAGUAAUCUCAUACUCUAACUUUUUACGUAUAGUAGCAUAUUCAGAUUAUAAAGUUAAAAAGUAUUUGCAAAAAGUGAAAGAAAUAGAUGUGUCUAUCUAUGUGAGACAUCUUUAUUUAUGUUUAACUUGAGCAAAUUUUACUUAAAGAUUUGACAGUUACGCUCUGUUGAUCCUUGGAGGAGGGCUAUCUUAACCAAUUGACUGUGCAUUUCAAGACAAGUAGGGGUAAGAGAGAUUGCAACAUUAUAAUCAUUACUUUGUGCAGUGACAUUUACUAAAAUUAGCCCUGAAUUUCAUAUUUUGCAAUUUGACUACAUUUUCAAUAGGAAAACAAAAAAAUUAUUUGUUUUCCUUUGAAUUAUCUACAUUAUCCUGCCUAGCAUUAUGGCAACUUGUGCUUAUAAGAUCUAAAGCAAGACCUCUGUUCUUUUACUAGAUAUUUUCCAAACAUUUCUACACACUGGUGAAUUGACCUGGAUUUCAAGAUGGUUACCAGGAUUUUCAUAAUAUUUGAACUUUUUAAAUUGAGUAUUAGCUGUUCAAAAUAAGAAUUGAUCCCAACAAUAUGGUAUCAAAUGUCCAAAAUCAUUCUGAUGAAAUAUUCAUAACUAAUUUUCCUCUACAGAACAUGUUUUACUUAAAAGUAAUUUUCAUUUGCACAUAUAUGUCCUUAAGUUGAAAGUUUAAAUUGUUAAUUAAGACCAAUGUUAUAAAACCUAUUCAAUUCACAAGUACGAACCCUUUUUUACACUUUGAAAGACACUGGGAUAAUAGCAUACUUAUCUGAAUAUAAGGCGACUUUGAAUAAAGAUUUUGAUGUGUGCGCCUGAGAAUUUUUUUCAUUUUUAACCAAUUCUUACUAUUCAGUCAAAAUAAAAAUACAGUUUCUCUGUUCUAGAAAAUUGUCUUGCUAAUAGAAAGAAUACAAAACAUUUUGCGUGAGCUAUCACUAGUUUCUUGUUCCCACUGUGCAUAGCGCAGAACAGGAAAAGCCAUCUACAGCACAACAAGUGUUAUUUUUUACAAUUCCAACAAGUACAAUGUCAAAAUUUUUGUAUUUUUUUUAUCCCUAUUCAAUAAGGCAAUAAUUAUUACUUAAAACAUAGAUAUGGUAACAAUAUAAGAAUAGGCUAAUGUGUUCAUCUACUUGUAAUUGCUAAAUUUGAUGAUACCUCCAUACAUUCCAUAUGUCAUUGUUAUCAGGGAUCUAAUACAUUUAUGGAAAUAAAAUGUUUUAUUAUGUGAGGCUACUUCUAUGUGAGGGGAC